AUGGAAGAAAGAAAUGAAGAUAUUUCAAAUCAUACAGCUAUGAAUGACAGUAGCUAUAAAUUUGCCAAGGUACAAACGAACGAAAAGAGCGAAAAGGAUUCACAUUCUGUAGAACAUCCAAUGAGCAGUAAAAAAGACGAAGCCAAGGAAAAGAAUGUUCGUAAAGAAGUAAAAGAGAGUGAUAGAAGAAAAAAGGCCAGCACUUUAGACAAGGAAAGGCAUGAAAAGACUUCCUCUGAAGAAAAGUCAGAAAGGCCAUCAGAGUCGACACGCAAAAAGCGAACAAAAAAGAAAAAGUCAACAGCUGAGAAUUCUCUUAAAAAUAACAAGGUUGAUGACACUAAACCUGGACUACAAGAAAAAAUUGACAACUGUGAAGAAAUCAAUGAAGCUGAUCCCAUCAAAAAGCCUCGCAAACGUAGGGUUAAAAAUAAAACAAAAAAGCGAGAUGAAAUUGAUAAAACAAACGAAGAAGGUCUACGUCAGUCUCAUGAAAAAAGCCUAAAGAACACAGCUUUCAACAAGAACAAUAAGAAGGAGGACACUAAAAUUAUAGAUGAUAAGGAAAACCUUGUUUUUGACUACGAGGAAAUCGAAAACGAAUUGAUGGAUGCUUCGUUCAGCUUUCAGAGUAUCGAACAAGUGUCAAAUCUCAAAUUUGCUCCUAUGCCUGUCAAUAAAAAACGAUUGCAAAGUAAGCAGCAGCAACAGCACCAGUCCAUAAGCGCAGCAGGAUCUUCUUCAGCAUCAUUUUCACUGUCUACUGCUGCGGCAUCAGAUACUUUCCGAAGUAAGAACAAGGAAGGUUCACGACCCGAUAAAUCUUUAUUUAGUGAUUCUUCCUCGAGAACUGCAAACAAGCUUAGACCUACUGCAAAGAAUCGUCAUGCUGAAAUACCGCCUCCUUCUUCAUUGAUCCACCACAGCAGAGGUGGUAAGAAGAAAAUGUCCCAUAACCGAGUUGCUGAACCUACCAACACUUUUAGUAAAAGCAGCGAAAAGGUGCCUGUACAAAAAGUACUUAAUAAGCUGACCAUGAAGCUCGGCAAUGAUGAUGUCACGUCUUAUAAGGCAACGAAGGAUAGAGAUACUAGUAAGAAGAAACAGAAAAGUGCUGUAUCCAGUCGCAGUUCAGCUAAAGAAAUAGGUGCGCCAGUAAAGCCGGUUAUUUUUGUCAAGGAAGAGAAAAAAAAUAGCACUCUUGUGUCUAUCAAAAAGACGAACAAAGCUACUGAUACUGAAAAGAAAACGGAGAAUCGUGAAAUUAUGAAAGGAAUGAAAGAGAUCAGACAAGUGGAUUAUUGUCAUCCAGAUGAUAUUAUACACAGCACUAUAAGAAAACGACUCUUUUUCGACCGAUAUAUGGAUCCAAAGACUUCUGGAGAAAAAGUCAUAAAAGAAGCACUCUAUCGAGGCGUAAUUCGCAUCAAUAAAAGAAACCGUAAGGAUGCUUACGUCACUUGUGAAAAUUUGGAUGCAGAUAUUCUUAUUUAUGGUCAACGUGAUCGUAAUCGUGCUCUUGAUGGUGACGAAGUGGUGGUUGAACUGUUGAAUCUAGAAACGGUUUGGGGCAAAAAGAAGGAUGCAAUGGUAAAAAGACGGGAAGAGCGACAUAGUACAGCUGAAGAGUGGCCAGUUGCAGAUGAAGAUAAUGAUGAUAAGUUAAAACCGAAAUAUGUUGGUAAAGUCGUCGCUAUUGUUAAAGCAGACAGGCCCCUCACUUGCGUCGGUAUACUUUCGCUUGAUCAUCAUUUCAAGGAGGAAGAAGCAGAAGAAGAAGAAGAAGAAGAAGAAGAAGAAGAGGAAGAAGAAGAAGAUAUGGUCACAACAGAGCUCGAAGAUAUAAACAAUGUUAGUGGCGGCAAAGAAGAUAAUAAUGAGGACGAGAAAACAGAGGUUUCUUACAAGAAUGGGGAAGCACAGUUAAAUAAUAAAAAGACUGAAGGAAAAAAGAAAACGGCUCGACUCGCAUGGUUCAAACCCAUCGAUCUUCGUAAACCUAUAUUUGCUGUACAGCUUAAGUAUGCUCCCUCUGAUAUACUUACAAAUGGAGAGAAGUAUAAGAAUUUACUUAUGGUAGGUCAAAUUGCGCGUUGGCCGAUUGAUUCUUCAUGCCCUUUCGGUAUGGUUGUGCGUGAACUGGGCCAUAUUGGAAACAUACCAGCUGAAACGCAAGGCAUAUUAGAGGAAAAUCACAUUAUUGAAAAGUCGUUUAGCAAAAAAGCACUCAAAUGCUUGCCGGCUACACCUUGGUCUAUCGACGAAGAUGAAAUAGAGAAACGGCGUGAUUUGCGAAAGACGCGUAUUUUCACUAUCGAUCCUGCAACAGCCAAAGAUUUAGAUGAUGCUGUUCAUAUCACUAAAUUAGGCGGAGAUGAAUACGAAGUGGGUGUUCAUAUUGCUGAUGUGUCGCAUUUUGUUCGUCAACAUACCGCGUUAGAUCAUGAAGCUUUUGAUCGCGGUACCAGUACUUAUUUGUGCGACAGGGUAAUUCCUAUGUUACCUUCUCUGUUAUGUGAACAGCUAUGUAGUUUGAAUCCUGGUGUGGAAAGACUCGCAUUUUCGGUUAUAUGGAAGAUGGAUGGAAGUGGGCAUAUUCGCGAUACUUGGUUUGGGAAGACUGUAAUCAAAUCAUGUGCCAAGCUAUCUUAUGAUGAUGCUCAAAGUGUUAUUGAAAAGAAAAGACUCCCGGAAAAGGUGUCCAUUCACAAUUUUGAACAGUCUCAAGUGGAAGAGGAUAUCUUAUAUUUGUUUGAGAUUUCCAAGCAGAUGCGUCAACGUCGCUUUGAAAAUGGUGCUUUGUCUAUCAACUCUAUUCGUUUGUCAUUUCAACUCAAUGAAUUAGGUGAACCCUGUAGUGUCUCUGUGUAUGAACAGAAGGAUGCAAAUCGUCUCAUUGAAGAGUUUAUGCUUUGUGCAAAUAUGAGUGUCGCCAAAAAGAUUAGUAGUCACUAUCCUAAUGAAGCUCUACUUCGUCAACAUUCACCCCCUCAUGAAAGGGGUUUGAAUGAUUUUAUAAAGCUUGCAGAAAAGCUAGGUUACUCCUUUGAUGGUUCUUCUGCUGGCGCUAUUCAAAAAUCUAUCAAUGCCAUUGAUAACGAGGAUGUAAAGUCUGUCUUGAAACUACUCCUUGUCAAACCUAUGCAACGCGCAAAAUAUUUUUGUACGGGUUCAUGCGAACCUGACAAAUAUAGACAUUUUGCUCUAAAUGUUCCCCUCUAUACUCAUUUCACAUCACCUAUUCGUCGUUUUGCAGACAUUAUUGUUCAUCGUCAGCUUGAAGCGGCUUUGAAAGAGAAAAAAGCUUGUGGAUAUAAGAAGCAUUCUGUAGAGAAAGCAACUGCUCACUGUAACGAACGUAAGGAGGGCGCCAAGAACGCUCAAGAUAUGAAUAUUCAACUUUAUCUCUCUCAUUACCUUCAUUUGUUGGAGCAAAAGAAUGGAAAGCCAAUCAUAAGUUCUGCUAUUGUAACUCAAGUGAUGAAAGAUUGUUUUGAAAUCUUAGUACCUGAAUAUGGUUUAGAGAAGCGUAUACAUAUGGAUAUGCUUCCUAUCGACAAAUUCGUUUACGAUUCAAGAAAUGAUUCUCUGACUGUCUACUGGAAAGAAGGGGUGGAAGCUUGCCGUGCAUUUGAUUUGAAAAGAAAAAGAGACGAAAACUACAGAGAGCCUUCUGGUACAGAAUUACUAUAUGACACAAGCGAAGUUCCCAACGACGAACAAGCUGCUUCUAAGGUUGCUGUUAAGAUUUCGGAUGGAACAGUGAAGGAGGAUUGGAUUGAUAAGAAUAAAAAGACGCAACAGUUUCAGCCUUUAUCGAAGCUAACAGUUAGAAUUCAGAUCAACAUUGAACGCUCUCCACCUAUUGUUAACAUUUACCCUGUUAAUCCUUUUGCUUAA